UCCUGCCCCGCUACAGCUCUCAGGUAUAGCGCAAAACACGCGCACACAUAGACCGAGAGGGGAGAGAGGCGCAGAAACCCACCGCACAGAUCCGCUUGAAUCUGCGAGUUGCAUUGAUUGCACUUCAUUGCAAACACCUUUCCAAGUCACGCUGUGAUGUGGAAGUGGUAGACAAUGAACACUGGAGAUCAAAAUGACGAAGCUGAGUCCAGAACACCAUUCAUCAUUAAUAACUCCACUCUGGAUAGGAAAAAACACAUGGAAGGGGAAAUACAUGUGAUGGAAGUUAUUAUUGAUAAGGUCAAAGAAGAAAUAAAUAUCCAAGAGGACUCUAAAGACAUUCCCAGUCCAGCUAGACCUGCAGAGACGAGCGGGUUAGAAUUACUGUACACCAGCAUACAGGAUGUAGCUAAACGAAAGCCGGUGCAGAAUGGUUCCGGCGACAUGACAACAGAGCACGAGGGUUCCUUCAACCACAAAAGAAGAAGAAUUGCCUCUGAGAGAAACGCAGAGUGUGCUGGCAGAGCUGAGGACGGCAGCGUGGGUUUGGCGGUGGAAGGCAAGGAGCUGGCCGAGGAGAGGAUGGUGCCCUCGUACCGGAAGCCACUGUAUGGUAUCUCUCACAAGAUAUCGGACCGGAGAAGUGUCCAGGCUGCCGAUCAGCCGGGGCCACUCGAGGGUCCUGAGAGAAGCUACGUCAACAAUUUCUUUCAGCAGCGAGACAGCCCCAAGAAUUACUCAGGCGUUCUGGUGUCUCAUGCCUCUGGCAGCGAUCCCACUCUCUACUCGCUGAUCCACAAGAUGCUCUUCACCCUGAACACCCUGAACUCCAGCAUGAUGCAGCUGCACAGCAAGAUCGACCUCCUGUCACUGGAGGUGAGCCGGGUCAAGAAGCACGUGAAUCCCGGGGAGUCUGUGGUAGAGUUCCUGCCGCCCCCCGAGUACCAGCUGAACAAUGCGGAGCUGAAGCAGGUGCUGGAGCAGAGCUCCUCGGCCGGGGACUUUGCCUGCCGGCUCCUGGUGCAGCUCUUCCCAGAACUCUUCACUGAGGAUGAGGUGGGAGGUGGCUGUCAAGCCUGUGGCUCGGUGUCCAAGAGGAAGUUGGAUUCGCUGCACCUGCAGCUGCUGCGUAACUAUGUGGAGGUGUGUUACCCUGCGGCCAAGAGCAGCGGGCUCUGGCAGGUCGAGUGCUUGCCCCAGAUCAGCGACCUCUUCAACAGGUUCUGGGCCCAGAAGGAGAUGGAGAACAGCCACCAGAACGUCGAAGCAGGCAACUUUUAUGAAGCUGAACGUGUGGCAGAGCGGAACUACGUGGACGAGAGCGCACAGGACGAGGGGCUGGACUCCUCCAGCAGCGUGGCCUCGGACCUGGUGCCGGACAUCCAGGAGAUCGGCGAGUACCUGGAGGAGGCCGGGUCUCCCGGGGAGUUCUCGGUGCUACUGCUCCACAGGCUGUUCCCGGAGCUCUUCGACCUGAGGCGGCUGGCGGCCCAACACACCUGCUACGGGGCCAAUGAGAAGCAGGCGCUUGAUACCCAGAGGCUGCAGUUGAUCCGCAAGUACACGGAGAUCUACUUCCCGGAGGUGCAAGCUGACGAGGCCUGGCUCCAGCAGUGCGUCCACACGCUGGACGAGGAGCUGGCCAGCAUCGGGCUGGACGGUAGCGAGACCGAGGCAUUUCCUGGCGACAGCUAUUGCUCCUCCUCCAACGCCUCCUCCGCGCUCGGGAGUAACGAUGGCGCCGACCUGGACAAGUCGACGAGGAAGUCCAAGAAGAUCUGGCUCAUCCCCGUGGAUUUCAACUGCGUCAUGAUCACCCCCCCGGACUUCGAAGUGCUGCCCGAGCACGUGCUGGGUAAACACCAGCUCAAGAACAUUUACGAGAGCAGCCUGUCCAUCGGGAACUUUGCCUCCCGGCUGCUGGUGAAGCUGUUCCCGGAGCUCUUCACUACGGAAAACCUGAGGAAGCAAUACAACUGCAGCGGCUCACUGGGCAAGAAGCCGCUCGAUCCGGUGCGGUUAAAGCUGAUCCGGCACUACGUGCAGCUGAUGUACUCCAGGGCCAAGUGUGACAAGGUGUGGAAUCAGGAGUUUGUGUCCAAACUGGACGAGCGGUGCCGGCGCAGGGACACGGAGCAGAGGCGUGUGUAUCAGCAGCAGAGGAAGAAGUGCACGGUCAGCACGGACAGGGAGGAGCCCACAACCUCAAACUUACAGCCCGAGCUCCCCAAAAAGGAGCUGGUGCUGCUCGCGACGGAAAAGGCCGACCGGUAUAACAAGAACUUCAGCAAGCUGGAACUCAGCAACGUGACCAUCCCCCAGCUCAAUUUCCCGGUUCCGUCCAAACACCUCCUGACCACCAAGGAGCUGAAGGAGAUCGUGCAGGACAGCUUGUCCAUCGGCAACUUUGCGGCACGGCUUCUCGUCAGGAUCUUUCCCGAACUGUUCACUUCUGAAAAUCUCCGGCUGCAGUACAACCACUCAGGGGCGUGUAACAAGAAGCAGCUGGAUCCCGUCCGGCUCCGGCUGAUUCGACACUACGUGGAAGCGGUUUAUCCUCGAGCCAGGAGCGACCAGGUCUGGCACCUGGAGUGCAUCCCGAGCAUCGACGAGAGGUGCCGGCGGCCAGACAGGAGGAAGUCAAAGCUACAGGGAAAGGCUGAGAAUAAAAAAAAUGGACGAGUCUCUUAGCCAUCGGUAUAAAUAACUGAGAUAACCUUUAAAGGGGUUUAUCAUGUAUUUGGCAUUAUUAUAUAAGUUUAUCUCAGAGGAUAGACGAGCUUUAAAAUAAUUUUUUUAAAAAAAAGUAAAAUAUAGGAAUUCUCUAAGGUACCAAUUGAAAAAGAAUACUUUUGCAGUUCUCAUCUGUCGCUUUGUGCUGUGCCAUUUGAUAGUCCAAUUUCAAGAGUUGAACUCGUGGUUUGAAAGUACUGGAGAUACGUCUGCAAAGGAGUGAGGGAAAGGUUUGAACACCAUUUGCCUAAUUUUCGCUAAUUACUGUCGGACCAUUCUUCUACAGAGAAUUUGAGAGACAAUUGGUAGCAUUUAGAAGGUCAUUGCGGAUUCCUGGCUUUACAGACUACUGACGUGAGAAAGUAUCCAAAAGCUGGAGGUGGGGAAUGAGGAAAUACAAUAUGUGGCACAUUUAAGAGUCUCAACUUCACCUGUCACCACAGUUUCUUUGCUUCACUGAUCGUAUCUUGUGCUUAAUUAUAUAAAAACUCUGUCAACAUCUGAUUCGUAAUGCCAUCAAAAUUGGUGCUAAACCUCCUUAAAAUGAGUGAAUUGGAGUAGAGGUUUUCUUU